AGAAAUAUGUUGCUGUAGCAGAGUUUCUCUCUAAUUCAACGUUCAGCAAGGAAAAUACCAGCCUGCCAAAGAUUUGAUUUUACCUCCCUGCCCAACCCAGUUUCCUCUUGCUAAACCCCUUUGAAGGAGACCUGAGUGAUAUCUGGAACUGUGUCCUGCAUGGAUUUUACUGAGAUGUACAGGGAUCUUUUGAAUCAUCUGAGAUAAAGAAAGACCGUAUUUCCUGGUUUUCACGUUUCAUUUAAACCCUGCUUGUUGAGCUCAGAGGAAACUGAAUGAACAGCUGAAAUUAAGGCGUUUGUGGAGUAUGGGUACAACUGCCAGUGCAGCCCAGCAGGCGGCCUCAACAGUGCCCCCAAAUGACAACGUCCAGGGAAAUGGCAGUGGAAGCGCAAGCGUAGAAGACCGUAAUUCUUUGAGCAUUCAUUCGUUCCAAACAGUGAGCAUUCACAACAAGGCCAAGUCUAUUAUCACCAACAAGGUGGCCCCCGUAGUAAUCACGUAUAACUGUAAAGAAGAGUUCCAAAUUCAUGAUGAUUUGCUCAAAGCCAAUUAUUCUGUUGGAAGGAUUUCAGAGACAAUGCCAGAACACUAUCUUGUACAGGGUAAAUAUUUUAUGGUCCGUGAUGUAUACAGCAAGUUGGAUGUGUUAAACACUACAAGCACUUGUGGAGCGUUAAACUUCCGGCAAGCCAAAGGAGGUUAUGAGGUUUAUGGAAUGGGUCAACCCAGCCUGAAUGGAUUCAAACAAGUGCUACAGCAACUUCAAAAUGGCGGGCACAAGGAGUGCAUCUUCUUUUGUGUUCGUGAAGAACCUGUGGUGUUCCUGAGAUUGGAGAAUGACUUUGUGCCUUACACUCCCAGAAGGAAGGAGAACUUGCAUGAAAAUUUGCAUAAUUUGGACAAGGGCAUCAGAGUGGAAAGUCUAGAGCUUGCCAUUCGAAAAGAGCUCUACGACUUCGCCCAGCUAAGUGGAAACAGUUAUUAUGUAUAUAACGAUAUUGAACUGUUUAAAGAUGAACCUCACUCUGUUAAAAUCCAGUGUGAAGAGGAUAUCCAUGUCACGGAAGAAGUGUAUAACAGACCAGUCUUUUUAAUGCCUUCAUAUAGGUACCACCGUUUGCCUCUACCGAUGGACGGUGCACCGCUAGAAGCACAGUUUGAUGCCUUUGUAAAUGUUCUCAGGGAAAACCCAUGUCUUUUAAAGCUCCAUGAUCCCAGCCACCCUCCACCUGCCCUACUUUUCAGCUGUCAGACAGGAGUAGGCAGAACAAACUUAGCCAUGAUUCUGGGAGCGUUGGUUCUCUAUCACCGCAAAGGAACACCUGAAAUUACCACCCAGGAGUCCGAUGAUUUGCCAAAGGAACGUUUUCAGGUCAUUCAGAACUUCAUUAAUAUGGUACCAAAUGGAGAAAAAAUAGUUGAUGAGGUGGACAAUGCAAUUGCCUUAUGUUCUGAAAUGCACAAUAUUAAAGCUUCAAUAUAUGAUUGCAAGAAGAAGCUGGAAAAAAUUGGUGAAGACUAUCAAAUCCAGGGAAGUAGUACCAAAGAAUAUUUCCUACGUGGAACCCUCAAUAGCCUGGAGCGUUAUUUUUAUCUGGUAGCUUUCAACUAUUAUCUUCAUGAGCAGUAUCCUUUGGCCUUUGCACUGAGUUUUAGUCGAUGGAUGUGUAUGCACCCAUGGAUAUACAGACUGCAAGCAAAUAUGAACCUCUCUGAACUCACAGUGUCUGGGGAACUUAUUACAAAAGGGACACGAGUUUUGGUGUUGGACGAACGAUUCUCACCAGAUGUUUUGAGUACUGUGAAGGAGAUGAAUGUUUCAAACUUUCGAAGGGUCCCUAAAAUAUCGAUAUAUGGAACCGCCCAACCUAACUCAAAGGCCACAAGCUCUGUACUCGGCUACUUGACUGAUGCAAAAAGGAAACACUCCAAAAUUUUGUGGGUUAACCUUCGAGAAGAUGUUGUGCUGGAAGGCAAUGAACAAAUUUACACAACAAGAGAACCCGAAAACUUAGAACAGCCUAUUGCUUUACCUGUCUCGUCCCCAGAACAGCUGGAGAAAUUGGAAGCUGCAGUAGCAAAUCACGUCCUCACCUCACAGAAGUGGUUAGAGGUCUACCUUCAACAGGAAAAACAGAUGAAAAUGUUUAAAACUUGCCAGACUAUACUGGAGAUGUUUAACCAGCAAAAGACCACAUAUCCUGGACUAGUGUAUCAGAGGAUUCCAAUCCCAGAUUUCUGUGCUCCCAGGGAACAGGACUUUGACCUGAUUCUCCAGUCUAUGAAGAGCAUGCUUGCUGAAGACUCAAAAGCAGCCUUUGUGUUUAACUGUCAUGGAGGCAAAGGGAGGACCACCACUGCCAUGGUCAUUGCCUUACUCACCCUCUGGCAUUUCAAUAGCAUUCCUGAAAUUAGUGAGGAUGAAAUUGUAAGCGUGCCUGAUGCCAAAUAUACCAAAGGGGAGUUUGAGGUUGUAAUGAAAAUUGUUCAACUACUGCCAGAUGGACAUAAAAUGAAGAAAGAAGUAGACAUGGCUCUGGAUAGUGUUAGUGAGACUAUGACUCCUAUGCAUUACCACCUAAGAGAAAUAAUCAUAUCUACUUACAGACAGAUAAAAACUGCCAAAAAUGUUAAAGAAAUGCAGCUACUCCAAUUAAGGAGUCUUCAGUACUUGGAGCGAUACAUCUACUUGAUACUAUUUAAUGCCUAUCUCCACUUGGAGAAGAAAGAGACUUGGCAAAGGCCUUUCAGUGCUUGGAUGUAUGAGGUUGCAUCCAAAGCUGGCGUUUAUGAGGUACUAAAUCAGCUUGGAUUUAGUGAAUUUGAGAACCCUGAAAAACAACCUUUGUGCCGACUUCGCUAUCGCUGGCAGCAGCAAAAUACAAACUUGCUUCCCUUCCGAGGAGAUUUCAUUUAGGAGGCCUGCAAACCUUGGAAGAAUUCAGUUACUUCAUUAUCUGACGGCUCUUUUGUGGAGCAGAGAAGACUGCCUUAAGACUUUUUUUUAAUUUCAAGAACGAAGGAAAAUAAAAAUAAAAA